CAGGUACACACCUAUAGGUUUGGUUGGCCUGGCCUACCCGACUGGCUGAGCGGGUCUGUGCCCACACCCUUACCUGCUCGCUGGAGGAGAGAGCUGUCAGUGAACACCUCCCCUGAAUGUGUGUGUGUGUGUGUGUUUAUUGACUGAACUCACAGUCAGUCAGCCGAAAUCACCAGCACUGCUCAGUACAUCUGCCACCAUACUGCAGCUAAACGGACAUUAAUAAGGUGUCUUUUGAAGCAGUUUUUAGAACUUUUUGACUAAAGAAUGUCCAAAGAGGCGGACAGACAGUCGGUUUUGCGGACCGCAAAGGUCCGCACCGCUCUGAAAGGAGACAACAGCUGGAUACAGAGACGAGCGCUAGAAGAUCUUGAGAAUGAGGAGGAGGAGAAACCAUGGAUCGCUGAAGUGCGAGCAAACCGCUCAAAUGGUGUGCUUGAAGAAACAAGUACUGUUUCCUCACCCACGGCCAAUGCACCCCAGCCCAGCUCCGACACAGACAAACCAAAAACACCUGCACCUGGAUACUUAAUCAGGGGGGUAUUCACAAAAACCGAUUCCAAGCCAACAUCAGCUUCAUCCACCAAUGGAUAUGCCUUCAACAAAAAGCCAUCUGAGAGUUACAAGAAAAUAGCCCCCCACACAAUUCGGUCCAGCAGUGAAAAGACAGUGCAGUCUGAACCAACUCUGAGUCCGGACGAAAUGGAAAAGAGGACAGAGGCAGCCAGCAUUGUGCUGAAGGGAUCGGCAGCAAAUCGCCGUUCAUACGUAAUGUCAGCUGCAAAGAAAUACGAAUCUACAGAGAAGCCUGACAGCUCUGCUGAUAUGAGCACUUCUUCCUUUGUUGCCAAAAGGGUAGUUAUCAGUGAUGAUGAUGACACUACAGCAUCUGUUAAGUCUGUGCCUGUGCAAAGUGUUAAAUCAAACACUGAACCAGUGGUGAAGGAGGUCAAGCCAGCAGCACCUGAAACUAAAUCUGCACCUAAGCCUACACCUGAGACUAAACCUGCAUCUGAAACAAAAACGACAAUUGAACCUAAACCCACAAUAGACUCUAAACCAGCACCUGAAACUAAGCCAGUGACUGAAACUAAACCUACAACACAAACUAAAAUAUCAACCGAAUCUAACGCCACAUCAGAAUCUAAACCGGCGCUAGAAAACGCAACACAGCCUAAAACAGCAUCUGAGCCUAAACCAGCUUCACAACCUAAACCUGCACCUGAAACUAAAACAGUAACAGAACCUAAACCCACAUCAGAACCUAAACCAGUUGAAACUAAACCUGCAACAACUGAACCUAAACCAGCAAUUGAAACUAAAACAGCUGAAACUAAAACAGAAACUAAACCUACAACACAAACUACAACAACAACUGAUCCUAAACCCACACCAGAGCCUAAACCAGUUGAAACUAAACCUACAACAACAACUGAACCUAAGCCUGCAAUUGAAACUAAAACAGCAACUGAAACUAAACCAGUUGAAACUAAAACUUUCACACAAACUAUAACAGCAACCGAUCCUAAACCCACAUCAGAACCUAAACCAGUUGAAACUAAACCUACAACAACAACUGAACCUAAGCCUGCAAUUGAAACUAAAACAGCAACUGAAACUAAACCAGUUGAAACUAAAACUUUCACACAAACUAUAACAGCAACCGAUCCUAAACCCACAUCAGAGCCUAAACCAGUUGAAACUAAACCUACAACAACAACUGAACCUAAGCCUGCAAUUGAAACUAAAACAGCAACUGAAACUAAACCAGUUGAAACUAAAACUUUCACACAAACUAUAACAGCAACCGAUCCUAAACCCACAUCAGAGCCUAAACCAGUUGAAACUAAACCUACAACAACAACUGAACCUAAGCCUGCAAUUGAAACUAAAACAGCAACUGAAACUAAACCAGUUGAAACUAAAACUUUCACACAAACUAUAACAGCAACCGAUCCUAAACCCACAUCAGAACCUAAACCAGUUGAAACUAAACCUACAACAACAACUGAACCUAAACCAGCAACUGAAACUAAAACAGUUGAAACUAAAACUUUCACACAAACUAUAACAGCAACCGAUCCUAAACCCACAUCAGAACCUAAACCAGUUGAAACUAAACCUACAACAACAACUGAACCUAAACCAGCAACUGAAACUAAAACAGUUGAAACUAAAACUUUCACACAAACUAUAACAGCAACCGAUCCUAAACCCACAUCAGAACCUAAACCAGUUGAAACUAAACCUACAACAACAACUGAACCUAAACCAGCAACUGAAACUAAAACAGUUGAAACUAAAACUUUCACACAAACUAUAACAGCAACCGAUCCUAAACCCACAUCAGAACCUAAACCAGUUGAAACUAAACCUACAACAACAACUGAACCUAAACCAGCAACUGAAACUAAAACAGUUGAAACUAAAACUUUCACACAAACUAUAACAGCAACCGAUCCUAAACCCACAUCAGAACCUAAACCAGUUGAAACUAAACCUACAACAACAACUGAACCUAAACCAGCAACUGAAACUAAAACAGUUGAAACUAAAACUUUCACACAAACUAUAACAGCAACCGAUCCUAAACCCACAUCAGAACCUAAACCAGUUGAAACUAAACCUACAACAACAACUGAACCUAAACCAGCAACUGAAACUAAAACAGUUGAAACUAAAACUUUCACACAAACUAUAACAGCAACCGACCCUAAACCCACACCAGAACCUAAACCAGUUGAAACUAAACCAGCAACUGAAACUAAAACAGAAACUAAACCUACCACACAAACUACAACAGCAACUGAUCCUAAACCCACACCAGAACCUAAACCAGUUGAAACUAAACCAGCAACUGAAACUAAAACAGAAACUAAACCUACCACACAAACUACAACAGCAACUGAUCCUAAACCCACAUCAGAACCUAAACCAGUUGAAACUAAGACAGAACCUGAAGCUAAAUCUGCAACUCAGCCCAAACCAGCACCUGAAUCCAAGCCUGAACCAGUUCCAAAGAAAAGCCUGUCUGACACCCUGAUAUCCUUCAGCACAGAGCCUACCAGUUCUGGCCAGGAUCCGGGAGUAGAUCUUCUCAGUCAGGAUCUGCUCACAGACAGCAGUCCUCUGCCUCAGACCAAGAAGACGCAUAAAACUCUGGACCUGCUCGCAGAGGAUCUCAUUCCCUUCAGCACUUCUACCACCAGCUUAGAUGAUGAAUUUGAUCCAAUAGCAGCAUCGAGUGAGCCCACAAAGAGCCCUCACUGGUACGGUCCUCCUAAACCAGACUCAAGGUCCACGGAUACAUUCAGUCAUUUUCAGCAUCCUGUGGAUUUGGUUGCUGAUAUGCCACCAGAUGUUCUGGUUUCCUUGGCUGAAGAUGUCAUUCCAGUUGAUCCUAAACGUGACUGGGAGACAAAAAUGGAAAGUUACAAAACCAGCAUCAAAACAGUGGAGAGUUCUGUCCAGGAGAAGUUACCAGAAUCGGACUCCAAGAAGGGCUUCGUCUAUGUUAAGGAAUAUGUGGAUAACUCACGUCUUGAUGGCAGCAGCUCUGACUAUGUGUCAUCAACAACCUCUAACUACAACUACAGCAGCCCCAGCUACUACUCCAGAAGAGAGACGACUCCCUGUACAUACUGUGGAGAAAUGGUGGGAAAUGACGCCAAAAUCACCAUUGAGCACCUGAACAUAUCCUGUCACCCAUCCUGCUUUAAGUGUGGUAUUUGCAGUAAACCAAUGGGAGAUUUACUCUACAACAUGUUUCUCCACCGUGGGACGGUCCAUUGUGAGAGCUGCUAUUCCAAUGUGCUGUAAGGAGAUCUGCUUACACCUCCUGAAAUAUCCCUCAACAGUAUGGCCAACUUGAAUGAAUAGGAAUUAGACUCGUUACUGACACGAAACACAUUCCUCUUUAUUUUGAAUAAAAUUGUGCAUAAAAAGGUUUUCUUGUGCCAGGAAUGCUUGUUGCAGGGCAUCUAGGAUUUUGUUUUUCACAUUCUGCCGCGUUAAAUGUUUAGUCAAGACGAUAAGAAUUUAUAUCGGUGUUUUAUUUAAUCAUCGGAAACCAUUUUAAAGAAAUUAUUUUACUGUUUCAGUAGCAUUGUUCUGAAAAUAUGUAUCCUGCAUAUUCACAAUUAAAGACAAAUUCUCAUCAAUAAA